AUGGCACCCGUCACGCUACCAGUUACCCUGCCAGUCUCGGCCGUGCCACACGACUGCUCGGCCCACAAGCACGUGAAAGACGCGUCAGCAAAGACUAAGGCUGACGCGUCAGUCGUUCUUGACGACGGUGUCACGCUCACGACGUACCCGGAGGACUCGAGUCCCCUCGGGCUCACGUGGGGCGCGGCCGCGCCCGAAGUGCGUGGACCCGUGGUAUGCUCGCGCUACCACGACGGCUUGGCCAAGCACAACGCGAUCGGCGCGCACUCCGGCCCCUACUGCGUGUACCACGCACUAGCGGUCGGGUCCAAACAGCUGGACCCUAACCACGUAGCCGACUACACCAACUCGCAGCCCGCGUUCUCCAUUCCCGAGCAAAAAGCCUGGUACACCGAGACCGACAUCGUCGCGAUGGACCCGCUUGGCCAUCUCACGCCGUUCAUUUUCGAUGAAACCGCCAAGGCUGAAAACGUGCAGAUUAGACCUUCCAUUUCCGUCACCAAGGCGUCUUUGCAGCUCUUCGAGCUCAAAGACGCGGUCGCCAACAACAGAAUGAAGGUUGACGGCAAGAUUGUGCUCAACAGAAACGGUGACGUAGCCGUGUCCAAGGUCGCCGUCGAGCCCGUGUGGUACUUGCCAGGCGUGGCACAACGGUUUGGCAUCACCGAGAACGAGCUCAGAAAGGCCCUGUUCCAGGACACCAACGGUAUGUACCCAGAGCUCAUCACUCGGCCAGACAUCAAGGUAUUCUUACCACCCGUUGGCGGAUUAACCGUGUACAUCUUUGGAGACCCAGCUUACGUGUCGGACCCUACCAAGAAGGUCGCUCUCAGAGUGCACGACGAGUGCAACGGCUCAGACGUGUUUGGCUCCGAUAUCUGUACCUGUCGUCCCUACCUGAUGUUUGGUAUCGAAGAAGCGGUCCGGGAGGCGCAGAACGGCGGGUCAGGUGUGGUUAUCUACUUCCGUAAGGAGGGCAGAGCUCUCGGUGAGGUGACAAAGUACUUGGUCUACAACGCACGCAAGAGAGGUGGUGACACCGCGGACGAAUACUUCCACAGAACUGAGUGUAUUGCCGGUGUGCGUGACAUGCGUUUCCAGCAGCUCAUGCCCGAUAUUCUCAAAUGGCUCGGUAUCACCAAGAUUGACCGUAUGUUGUCGAUGUCCAACAUGAAGCACGACGCCAUUGUCGAGCAAGGAAUUCCAAUCAUCGAGAGAGUUCCUAUUCCAGACGAGCUGGUGCCACCUGACUCUCGUGUUGAGAUCGAUGCCAAAAUCAAUGCCGGUUACUUUACCACUGGUAAAGUAAUGACCGAGGCAGAGUUGAAAGCUGUCCAAGGUAGAACUUGGAACGACGUGGUCUAA